AUGCCCACACAGCCACAUUCCGAAUGCCAUACUACAAAGCUCGACCCUGACGGUGAGUUUUCCGAUUCUAAGGGGGAGACCUCAGUUGGUCCCAAACCUAUACCCGUAAAUUUGAAUGAAACUGAAGACCAAAAUCAAAACAUCAGCACAAGCACCACGCUAGACCUGAUACGCGAUUUGAUUGAGAUUCAAACUGAAAGAAAAAAACGAGCGAUGCAAAAGCUGAUACGCGCGACUGAGGAUAUUGAAGAUGCCGAUGCGCGACUCGCGGGCUAUCUCGCGAUGGAGGCUGAGCUAUCACGGCGGAGUGAAUAA